AAAGAGAAUGCGUAGCUCUGCUCCACCAUCCUUUGAAGAGACGACGUAGCCAAAAACACACCCAAUAUAAAAAAACACACGCUUGAGCAGCGACACAACACUGCGCCGAAAGGAAAGGAUUCACCUACCCCUCUUCGUUCUUUGCAAGUUUUCAACUAAAAAACCUCUGUCCCUUGUUGUUUAUUUUAAUAUAGCUAUCACCGUCUCUUCUCUCGAAUUCUUCACGCCAGAUACCCAGGAACCGGAUCUUCCAACUAGCAUUUCCCCUUAUUCCCUAUUGUGCUCCUUGCUUUACUCCAUCCACCACUUUCGAAUCGAGUGCUCAAAUUUCUGCCUUUACCUGUUCAUUAAAAAUCCCAUCUUUCCCUUCUUAUUUACUUCCAAUGGAUAUGCAACCAUGAAACAUUGUUCUGGGUGUUCAUCGAAUCCCACUAGGAAGCGUUUUUCUGCGGUUUUGCUCGGUGGGUAGAGGAAGAAUCCCAGGUUUGUGUUGCCAAAGUUGGCAUUUUUGCCUCUUCUGAUUCGUGAAAAGCAGUGGGAUUCUUAGUUUAUUGACGAGGUUUUAGUAGAUGGGCAAGAAAGCAGCUCAUUUGUUUGACGAUUAUAACGAUGGGGUUUUGUCUAUUAGCGGUUUGGGGUCACAAUGGUGUCGCCAGGAUGAUGAAUUCUAUCCUGGAGGUGGAUUGUUUGCCAGUGUUGGUCAAAUGGGGAGGAAUUUGGGCGUUACGCCGAAUCCUCCCAACCCUGCGGAAACAGGUGGUGGUGGUGGUGGUGGUGGCGGCGGCAUAAAGAUGCCCUAUGUUGAAUUAUUGGUGAAGUAUGUGUCGAUGCCUAAGGGAGUUGGGAUACUGGGUGUUCCCGAGGAGGAAGGGACAGUGAAGAAGAAAAAUAUUGGGCUCAGACUGAAAAUAAAGGUUAAAAAUCCUUCCUUGAGGAGGUUGAUUAGUGGUGCGAUUGCUGGGGCAGUUUCGCGAACCGCUGUGGCCCCUCUGGAGACGAUUAGAACGCAUUUGAUGGUUGGGAGUAGUGGGCAUUCCACUACUGAGGUCUUUCGUGAUAUUAUGAAGCAUGAUGGUUGGAAGGGCUUGUUUAGAGGUAAUUUGGUGAAUGUGAUUCGGGUUGCUCCUAGCAAGGCCAUUGAGCUAUUUGCUUAUGAUACGGUCAACAAACAGUUGUCGCAUAAACCUGGGGAACAACCAAAGCUUCCGCUUCCUGCCUCCUUAAUUGCAGGUGCCUGUGCUGGUGUGAGCUCAACAAUAUGCACAUAUCCUCUUGAGUUGGUCAAAACUCGACUCACCAUCCAGAGGGGAGUUUACGAUGGUAUGCUUGAUGCGUUCUUGAAGAUAAUGAGGGACGAGGGACCCGCAGAAUUAUAUAGAGGCCUUGCCCCUAGUCUUAUCGGAGUGAUUCCAUAUGCUGCCACCAACUAUUUUGCUUACGACACAUUGAGAAAAGCGUAUCGGAAGUUUUUUAAGCAAGAGCAGAUUGGGAACAUUGAGACCCUUCUCAUCGGAUCAUUAGCUGGCGCUAUUUCAAGUAGUGCGACUUUCCCAUUGGAGGUAGCUCGGAAGCAUAUGCAAGUGGGAGCACUCAGCGGAAGGCAGGUGUACAAAAAUGUGAUUCACGCUCUUGCUAGUAUACUUGAGCAGGAAGGGGUUGGAGGGCUAUAUAGAGGUUUAGGCCCUAGUUGCAUGAAGUUGGUGCCCGCUGCCGGGAUAUCUUUCAUGUGUUACGAAGCGUGCAAGAGGAUUCUGGUUGAGGACAAUGAAGAGGCUUGAUCACAUAAAUGACAAGAAAAAAAGCGAGGUCUUUUGCUUUGGGUCAUCUACAGAAAGGGUGGAGGAAGAUGACUACUUCAUAUACUGCGGCUGAAUCGUUUUUCUUUAUGUUCUUUUUCAUUUUCUCAUAGGAUUUCUUAGGAAGAAUUCUUCAAGGAAGUUAUUGUUACCAAGGUCGGUACUACAUACACUCGCAAAGAUAUCGAAGGGGUUUUUACUUUUCUUUC